AUGUGGCCCCCUGACCUCGGCCCCCCGGACGUCCAGCUGACCCUGCCGGGUUUCGGAAGCGUGUUCGAGGAUGUCGAGGACCCUCGGGCGCCGCCGCCGUCUUCCGGUGGCUUCCGCCAGCCCUCGAUACAUCCGGGAGGUCUGGGCGUGUGCUGCCUCCCGAGGACUUCCCUGUCGCUGUCCUCGCUGGGCCGCGACCUCACCUCCCUGCUCGGCUGCAAGACAUCGCACGCGGAAAAGACCGUGGAGGACUUUGCCUUCAAGGCGCACGCAGAUCCUAAAAACGGCACUCAGAGGUUCGGUUACCCCCAGCCCUCGUUACCGUUAUCCUACAUGCUCGCCGGCUGCGCCACGUCUCCGCCUUUCGGCUCCCCGCCGUCCCCUCUUUCCUCUUUCGCCUCGUCGUCGUCGUCGUCGUCUUUAUUUUUCGCGUCCUCGCCGCCCGACGGCGACAAAACUCCUCACCUCCAGAGAAAGAUGCAGGAGGAGUACCACUCGAUAAAACGGGAGCCCGCGGACGAUCUCUCGCCGUGCAAGAGGGAACCGUUCCAGGUCCACGACCGGCAGGCGGAGCCGUUCCACGCGGGCCGGCCCAUCCGAGGUCAGGACGGAGGCGGUGCCUCGCGUCAUUUCCCGGGGACCCUCGGCGGACCCUCGGCGGGCCAGGACCCCGGUGGCGGCAUCAUGGACCAGUCGUGCCGCUGGAUCGACUGCAGCGCCGCCUACGGCAGCCAGGAGGAGCUGGUGAGGCACAUCGAGAAGGUGCACAUCGACCAGCGCAAAGGGGAGGAGUUCUCCUGCUUCUGGGCGGGCUGCGUGCGACGUCACAAACCCUUCAACGCCCGCUACAAGCUGCUCAUCCACAUGAGGGUGCACUCUGGAGAGAAACCCAAUAAAUGCAUGUUCGAGGGCUGCUCCAAGGCGUUCUCCCGUCUGGAGAACCUGAAGAUCCACCUGAGGAGCCACACGGGAGAGAAACCGUACAUCUGUCAGCAUCCCGGCUGCCUGAAGGCCUUCAGCAACUCCAGCGACCGGGCCAAACACCAGCGCACGCAUCUGGACACGAAGCCGUACGCCUGUCAGCUCCCAGGAUGCACCAAACGCUACACCGACCCCAGCUCGUUACGGAAGCACGUCAAAGCUCACUCCACCAAAGGCCUUCAGGAGAGGGAGGUCAAGGUAACGACGGCGUUUGCGUUUGUUCUGCAGGUGCACGUGGUGCCGGAAUCGGACACGCUGAGCGACUGUCUGGCGAGGCAGCAUCUCCACCAGGGGAACGGCUCACCUUUACCCGGUCUGGACGAGUACACAGGUGUGUAUUCAAACUGCACCUCCGUCCUCACCCGGUCACCGUCCGAGUUCCUCGCUCCGCCCGCGGAGCCCCGCUCCAGGUACGGAGGCCUGGAGGGGAGCUUCGACGCCAGCAGCCCCGCCGCCGCCUCGCUGCCCGGCGCAGGGAGCAUGAGGUGAGCAAACGGGCCCACGGUGUUGUUCCUGCCUGCUGACGUCAGCCCGGUGAGCUCCUCGUCGGACCGAGUGGAGGUCCAGCUGCCGGGGUACCACAAGACCUACAACCAGCAGCAGGGGUUCUCACAGCAGCAAGGAUGUCUGUACGGAGAGGGAAAGGUGGGUCAACCAAUCAGCGAUGGCGGCUUCGAACCCGCCGGUUACUUCAGCUCCUCCUCCGCCUCUCACUCUACAGGGUUCGACCUGUUGCAGGACCUGCAGGGUCAGACCGGCGCCGGUUACUCCAUGUCUCCCCGCUCUGACGACAGCUUCCUCUUCCAGGCGGGAGGCGUCGACCGCUGCCUCAACCAGAUCUACUCCAUCUACCUGGACUCGUGAUGGGCCUCCCCUGAAGACCAGCAACACUCAACCAGAUCUACUCCAUCUACCUGGACUCGUGAUGGGCCUCCCCUGAAGACCAGCAACACUCAACCAGAUCUACUCCAUCUACCUGGACUCGUGAUGGGCCUCCACUGAAGACCAGCAACACUCAACCAGAUCUACUCCAUCUACCUGGACUCGUGAUGGGCCUCCCCUGAAGACCAGCAACACUCAACCAGAUCUACUCCAUCUACCUGGACUCGUGAUGGGCCUCCCCUGAAGACCAGCAACACUCAACCAGAUCUACUCCAUCUACCUGGACUCGUGAUGGGCCUCCCCUGAAGACCAGCAACACUCAACCAGAUCUACUCCAUCUACCUGGACUCGUGAUGGGCCUCCCCUGAAGACCAGCAACACUCAACCAGAUCUACUCCAUCUACCUGGACUCGUGAUGGGCCUCCCCUGAAGACCAGCAACACUCAACCAGAUCUACUCCAUCUACCUGGACUCGUGAUGGGAAAACCAGGAACACUCAACCAGAUCUACUCCAUCUCCCUGGACUCGUGAUGGGCCUCCCCUGAAGACCAGCAACACUCAACCAGAUCUACUCCAUCUCCCUGGACUCGUGAUGGGCCUCCCCUGAAGACCAGCAACACUCAACCAGAUCUACUCCAUCUCCCUGGACUCGUGAUGGGCCUCCCCUGAAGACCAGCAACACUCAACCAGAUCUACUCCAUCUACCUGGACUCGUGAUGGGCCUCCCCUGAAGACCAGCAACACUCAACCAGAUCUACUCCAUCUACCUGGACUCGUGAUGGGCCUCCCCUGAAGACCAGUAACACUCAACCAGAUCUACUCCAUCUACCUGGACUCGUGAUGGGCCUCCCCUGAAGACCAGCAACACUCAACCAGAUCUACUCCAUCUACCUGGACUCGUGAUGGGCCUCCCCUGAAGACCAGCAACACUCAACCAGAUCUACUCCAUCUACCUGGACUCGUGAUGGGAAAACCAGGAACACUCAACCAGAUCUACUCCAUCUACCUGGACUCCUGAUGGGCCUCCACUGAAGACCAGCAGACGCUUCAGGCAUUUUAAAAUGCAUAUUGCCAUGUAUUAAA